UUUUAUCUUCCCACCUUAGCCGCAUCCCACUAAUUGCGGUAUCUUUCAACAACAACAACAACAGCCAGACGACUCCUGCGCCUGCUGACGAACGGUCUCUCGUCAUCGAAUCGAUUCGAGAGCUCUCCGUAAUGUUGCGGCUGGAGGUUUCAUGGGAUAGAAGGAAGCAGAGCGGCCAGGUUGAUUUCAACGCUGGCUUUACCGCUCCGCCUGCACACCUCGCAAUCCUCUGCCUCGCCUCCGCGGUGUCCGGCCUCGCCGCCGCCCUCCUCGCCGGGAGAAGGCUGCUGUGGGCGGUGGAGCUCACGUUUUUAUCCGAUGUUGGGAACAUGCUCGCCCUCUCCGCUUUGCUCCCCAUCCUAACCAAAAAGGUGAAGGAGAGCAAGUUAUCGGUGACGUCCACGGCGGAGAGCCACAAAGUGAGCUUGGUGGCGCCGGACGUGGCGUGGCAGUCCGUUGCGCUGUUGUCGGCGAUGACAUUGGGAGCGGCGUGGAACGCCGCGAUCGUGUACGGAGCGAGCUCGUCGUUGGCUCUGCUGCACUCGGUCGCGUCGUUGAGAUCGUUCGUUGCCAUGGUUCGGUUGGGGCUUCCUCAAUCGGUUGCAGAUUCCAAGGCUUCCAAUCUCGUCUCCUGCCUCGUGGGUCUUCACUUGACUCAGAUGAUCGGUGAGAACUUUUUGGGAACAGCCGUGGUUGAACAUGAUCAAGAGGAGGUUGGCAGUUUGAAGGAGUCUUGGAUUGACACUAAAGUUAGAAGAUCAAAGCAUGAUAUGGAAGUGGAUGCUUGUGGUGAGACAGAGAGUUCAAUCACUGAACAAAGCAGCGCGAAAUAUUUGACUGAAGAUGAAAUGAUGGGAUCAAGAAUCGGGGAUGAGGAAGAAACUGACAGGGGUGAAGUGGGAGAUCAUGGUGAAAAGAAUGGGACUGCAACUGGUGGAUCAACGACUGAAGAUGGAGAUGCACAGUUAGAUGGGUGGGAUUGGGAACACAUAAUGGAAGGGUUAUGAAGUGGGGUUAAUGGCUGAAACACUAUACUACAAAAAAAAUCGACAGACAUAACGUUUUUGGUUGUAUUUUUUCUUUUAAUAAUAUUGUUUUAGCAGUUGGCUAGAGCUACAUUGUUCUAUAUAUAAGCUAGGAUUUUUAGCCAAGAAGAC